AUGCGUUUAAUUUCCCGGUCGGCGCUUCGUCCGUAUGUCUGUCCGUCCUGUCGCUCUGGAGCUGUCUCAGGGCGGAGGAGAUUUGCCUCCAAACCGGACCAAACCCCUGACAUUUACGAUGUAGUUUGUGUCGGAGGUGGUCCUGCAGGCUUAGGGCUAUUGGCAGCUCUCCGAGCUUCGCCAGCUACCGCCCAUCUCAAAGUUGCCCUCGUUGAGACCCAGGACCUCCGCAAAGCCCGAUCAUGGAAUCUCGAAUCGCACCAGUUCUCCAACCGGGUCAGUAGUCUGACGCCGUCCUCCGUUUCGUUCCUACAGAAGAUUGGUGCUUGGGAAUAUUUGGACACGGAUCGGAUCCAAAAAUACCAGGAGAUGAAAGUCUGGGAUGGAGAGACAGGGUCGCGGAUAUCUUUUGACUCGUCCGCGGAGACCUCACCAUUCGAGGAUCUCCGCACCGUCGCGACCAUGACGGAGAACGCCAACCUCGUUCGUGCGCUUUUGUCCCGCAUUGAAGCAUCGGGCGAUGAAAACGUCUCCAUCUUUUCCAACGCUACUGUUUCGUCGAUUGAGAAUGGCGCUGAUCAGCCCGAUGGACCGGAUCUAUCAGGCUGGCCGGUCCUCACGGUCUCUCCGACUGGCCCGGCAGCCUCAUCAGCUCAGCCUUCUCGUAUUGCAGCUAGGCUUUUGGUCGGUGCGGAUGGCAUCAACAGCCCCGUCCGGUCGUUCGCCGAUAUCAAAACUGAUGGCUGGGACUACAACCGACAUGGAGUAGUUGCAACCGUCUCCCUCUCGGAGCCCGACCAGGUUACUUUCCCGAUUGGCACGAGAACUGCCUACCAACGCUUUUUGCCAUCGCUUGGAGGCCCGAUUGCUUUGCUUCCGCUUCCCAACAACAAUGCUACUCUGGUGUGGUCCACUACCGUCGAGAAUGCCGCUUACCUGAAGACUUUGUCACCCAAGGCGUUCAUUGCCAUGGUUAACGCCGCGUUCCGUUUGUCCAUGACAGACCUCAAGUACAUGAUGCGCAUGGAACGCCCGGCAGCCUCGAUUUCGGAUGUCGAAGACCCACAUGAAAGUGAACUCACUUGGCGACUCCAGCACACCCCUCAGCCCUCCCAAAUCCCUCCCUUGGCCACUGGUAUCCAAGAGGGCAGUGUUGCCUCAUUCCCUCUCCGCUUCAGACACGCAUCAACAUACAUCUCGCCCCGUGUGGCUUUGGUAGGCGAUGCAGCCCACGUGAUUCACCCCCUCGCUGGACAGGGUCUCAAUCUUGGCAUGGGCGAUGUCGCCUCACUCUCCAACACAAUUGAAUACGCCGUCAGCCACGGAAUGGACGUCGGAGAUAUCCUCACUCUUGAACGAUACACUGCAGAACGGUGGGCAGUCAACGCCAAGAUCGGCGGUGCCUGUGACGUGCUGCACAAGCUCUACAAUGUCCCCGGUAACGGACCUGUUGCAUGGGCACGAAGUCUCGGAUUGGACGUCAUCGAUCGGUUACCUUUUGUCAAGGGAUUCUUGAUGAAGAACGCUGAGGGUUAA